AUGAGACUCCUCUUGACCCGUAAGCUGGCUCUUGUGAAGGUCUUUUUGGCGGCAGUGGUGGUUGUGGCCAUCACUCAUCAACUCACGUACCUGCCAUACAAUCCAUACGAUUUGUUCCAGGGGAAGAGCCAGGGUUUGGUGCCUUAUAAGGCUUUUUUCGAUGGAUUGGAGAAGUACGCUAUCCAUGCGGACCGCUUGAAGGAUAACUACGUCAAGGAGAAGGUUCACGAUGCUGCAAGUAACGUGAAGGACUUCUUAUACUCGAAGGAAUACCUUGAUGGGAUCUUGAACAUCAGUGACGAUACGUUUGAGAAGCUUAAGGUAUCACAUCGCGGGUAUGUUGACGAACAUAUGGCGAAUUUGCUUGAUAACGUCGGCGUGGCGACGUUUGGCGAGCUUACGCCAAAGUCCGAUAAGUGGAAAGACUAUAAAGGCUCGGCUGGUUACGUGUUGAUCGGUGGAGGUAAGUACUCCUGGUUGUCGUACCUCGUGAUCAAGCAGAUCAGAGCCACAGGGUCCACUUUACCGAUUGAAAUAUUCAUUCCUACUCAGAGCGAUAAUGACCCCAGGUUUUGUGAGGAGAUUGUGCCCAAAUUCAACGCUAGAUGUAACAUGCUAGACCUGAGUCUCGUGGAGUACCUCAGUCUCAAGUUCAACAUUGGUGGGUAUCAAUACAAAAUGUUGGCGCUCAUGGCGUCGCUGUUUGAGAACGUUAUUUAUUUGGAUUCCGAUCUUUACCCUCUCAAGAAUGUCGAGUACCUCUUGAAUUCUGAUUUAUACAAAGAAACGGGUCUCAUUAUCUGGCCUGACCAUUGGUCAAGAACAACCAAUCCAAAGUUCUAUGAUAUCGCAGGAUUGGAAGUGCCUGAAACGAAGGUUAGAUAUUCAGAAUAUGACCGUGCAGAAGCGGAGAAAAAGGGCGAAAGCUUAAAGGAUCUCAAAGAUUACACUUUUAAGGACUCCAAUUUCCACGAUUUUGAAAACACCCUUCCGAACCCAUCCUCGGAAGCAGGCGUCAUGGUCGUGAACAAAACUUCACAUCUUCGUACCUUGCUUUUGGCUCUUUACUAUAAUGUGUAUGGACCAUACUUUUACUAUCCAUUACUCACGCAGGGCGGAGCCGGCGAGGGUGACAAGGAAACAUUCAUUGCUGCAGCAACGGUAAUGAAAGAAAAUUGGUUCCAGACACUCAAGCAGUUCAUGUGGGUAGGCUAUCACAGUGACGACACAAAGAAAUUCGAAUCUAAGGCAUUGGGCCAUUAUGACCCUAUAGAUUCUAAGGUUGAUUCCGAAUCAGCAAAACUCAUUUUCAGCCAUUGUUCCUACCCUAAACAUUACACUGACUGGAUGUACAAUAACCACGAUCUUAUUUAUAAGGAGCUGGGCGAACAUAUCCGCAUGUACCACGGCACAUACGAGAAUAUUGGGUACGAUUUGGAUUUACGACUCCUCAACUCUCAUGCAGAGGCUCUAUGCGAGGAUAUAUGGCUCGAGAAGGAGAAAGAAGACAACAUCCCUCUCGACCAAAGAGAAGAGUACAUGGGCAACUACUUGGAAUACAUUAAUGGCGACAGAGAAAUCAACAAGAAGAGAUGCGAGGAGGUGUAUAUCCCACACUUGAAGUGGCUCAAGGAAACGACAAAAUACCCAGACACCCUUAAAUAUUAG